AAAUAGAGUUGGUUUCGAAACUUGUUUUUUUUUUGUGUUACCUACUUACUUCACCUAGAGACGACUGUUUAGUUGUCAGGCCAAACACAAAAGAGAGAAGAGAGCAGUCAGAUUGUAACAUUCACUUGAAGAAAAUGUUAAGUGUAUGUUAUCUGACAAUUAUUAGAAAGAAUGAAUAUGUAUAUUUAACUUGCAUGCAAGAGGUUUCUACACUCAGUUUAUUUAGAGUAUGAACUGAGUAGAGUAGAAUCCUAAAGAAUAACAGAAAAGACAGCCUUAGAAUGUGGUCAUGUCAGAGUAAGAAUUCGGUUUAUUGUAACUACCGACCGGUAUUAAUAUUUUAGAGAUAUUAAUCCAAGAUAGAAAAUUUACCAAGGACCAUCACCAGAAUAAUGAAUCUCAAAACAAUAGAUUUCGAUUCAAAUCAAUUUUCGAUUAUGAAAAUUUUGUGGCACAUCACUAUUGAAAAAGUUUUACCAUUACCAACCUUACAAAACAAACUUUUUUCUCAAACUCAACUUGAUCAAUGGCGUAUGAGCGUCUUCGUUUUAUCGAUAAAAUCAAUAAAUUUAAACGUCAGGAAGGCCAUUUCCAUGUUUCAAUGCGUUUAAAGUGUAUUUGUGAAUUACGUUAUUGUUAUUGGCUGUGGACAUACGAUCGACUGAUCCUGUUUGUAUCCAGGACAGAGAAGACAUCAGAGGCUACUGUCGUGACACUUCAGCACUGUCAAGGACAAGUUGCCGAUGGUAAAAAUUGGCUCAAAGAUGACGGAAGCAUGGAAAACUCGAAUAGAGAUAGUCAAAGGUAAGGUAGAGACUAUUCUUACUAAAAUAAAAAAAGGAGAGACUGAACCAGUGGAUUAUUACAACCUCAAGUUGCUCAAUGAACUUUUUAUGAAGGAGACCCAUAUUUAUAUGGAUAAGUUGACAGUAGAAGAAUCCAGAACUUACACAGAAAUACAAAUAGAAGCAAAGCUCCUCGAUAACAAAAACAAUGGUGACCCACCAGUACAACACGUUGAUCAAUUGACAUCCAAACUACCAAAAUUAGAGUUACCACGUUUCAAUGGAGACACUCUGAAGUGGAAUGAAUUCUGGGACCGUUUUAAAUCCAGCGUAGAUACCCAAAAACUUACCAAAGCUGACAAGUUCAGUUAUUUGAUGGCAUCCCUGGACCAAGAGGCAUUAGCGGCCAUUGAAGGCUUAGACAUAACUCAUGAAAACUAUGAGAUUGCAGUCGAUAUAUUAAAAGAUCGUUUUGGUAAGCCUGGGAUGGUCAUUGAUGCUCAUUAUGAAGCGCUUCUUAACCUCAAAAGUGCUCAUUCACCAAAUGAAUGCAUGAAUGUAUUUAAUGAAAUAGAGAAACACCUCAGGAUUUUAAAAGCUUUAGGAGAAGAUACUAACCACAAUAAUUUAAGAAGAAUUAUAUUAAACAAGUACCCUGAAGAUAUUAUCUAUGAAUUGAAAAUGAAAGUAAAAGUAGAAGAACAAAGUGUUGAUACUAUAAGAAAAUUAUUGGAACAACAGAUUACUGCUCGUGUCACUACAACAAAACCUUUGCUGAGUACACUAUCGUUUACAAACACUACUGAGAAGAGACAAUAUCCAGUGAAGAGGAAAUUCCCUACACCCAAAGUCACACCUGCAAAGAGAAAGAAGAGAAGCUUACCUUGUAUCUUCUGUGAUGGAGAACAUUUUAAUGACAACUGUAAACAAGUGGUGUCAGUAGAAGACAGGAAAAAGAAGAUAAUUGGACGUUGUUUUGUUUGCUUUAAAAAGGAUCACACAGCAAGAGAUUGCAAAGAAAAAAGAAGAUGCUUCUACUGUGGUGAAAUCGGAAAACAUAAUAGAGCACUGUGCAAUAUGGCCCAGAAAAGUACAACACUGCAGACUCGCAGCGAGAAGAAUAAAGACAGUACCAAUUUGGUCAAGAAAUAAUUCCUUCAGAUGAUGGAUCCAUGGGCGGUGAGAUAAAUCUUCUCAUUGGCAACGACUAUUACUUCACAUUCAUCAAAAAUGGAAAACUUAGCAUUGAAGAAAACCUUUAUUUAAUUGAAACAGAUUUCGGUUGGGUCUUCAGUGGCAGAUCUCCCUUUCAUCAAUAACAUGUUCUUAGUGUAGCAACUUACAUGCAAACUAACCUGCCAGAUAACUUUGGUUUUGUUCAGCCGGACUUACCUAUCAAGGAAGGAGAGAUUAAACAACUUUGGGAGUUGGAAUCCAUUGGUAUUAGGGAUUCUCCAAAGACUACAAAUGAAGAAGAAGCUUUAAGAAAUUUCAACAGUACAGUUACAUUUGAAGAGAACAGAUAUCAUGUCAAAUGGCCGUGGGUCCAGUAUCCACCAAACCUACCAUCAAACUAUGGUCUAGCUGUAGGAAGACUGACCAGCCUAUUAAGAAGAUUGGAUAAGAAUACUUUAGCCAUUUAUGAUGAUACCAUUCAAGAACAGGAGUCAUCUGGAGUGAUAGAAAAGGUGAAGAAUGCUUUUGAAAAUGUGCAACAUCCAAUACAUUACUUACCACAUCACUGCGUGGUCAAGAAAGAUAGCUCUACUCAACUGAGAAUUGUCUAUGAUGCAUCAGCUAAGUCUAAAAGUACACAAUCUAGCCUGAACGAAUGUAUGUACAAAGGACCAUUGAUGCUUGAAGACUUAACUGGACUUAUCUUGAGGUUUCGUCAACAUGAAAUAGGAAUCCUAGCAGACAUUGAGAAGGCCUUCCUACAACUAGGACUUCAGAACGAAGAUCGUGACGUCACUAGAUUCCUAUGGGUAAAAGAUACUACAAAAGAAGUAACAGAAGACAACUUACAAUGCUACCGAUUUUGUCGAGUUCCCUUUGGAAUAGUAUCCAGUCCAUUCCUACUAAAUGCAACAAUAAAGAGUCAUUUUCUGAAAUGUGGAGAUGAAACACUUAAGAACGUAGCAGAAAAGAUAUAUGUUGAUAAUCUUGUACUAGGAGCGAAACAACAAGAUGAAGCUACAGGAUUGUAUCAAAAAAUACAUGCUUCCCUUCAAACAAUCUCGAUGAACGUGAGACAAUGGAACUCAAAUAACAAAGAAUUUCUAAAAGAAAUACCUGAACAUCUACUUGAAGGCAAAGAAGUCACAAAGGUGUUAGGACUUGUGUGGGACACACUAGAAGAUACAUUAAAGCUUAAAACACAGAUAAGUAACUGUGAUAGAGAUAUGACUAAAAGGUAUGUUCUUCAAGAAAUAGCCUCAAUCUACGAUCCUUGUGGAUUUAGCAGUCCUCUUCUUUUACCAGCUAAGGAAUAUCUACAGAGACUUUGGAAAUUAAAACUUAAAUGGGACACCAAACUGCCAGAAGACUUAAGAGACGAGUGGAAUAGGAUUGCAAGCAGUCUACACCAAACUCAAGAUAUUGAGAUUCCAAGAUACAUAGGCACUACGCAAGAUAAAGCAGUACAUGAGUUACACUGUUUUACGGAUGCAUCCAAGGAUGCCUACGCGGCAGCUGUCUACAUCAAAACAGAAUCACAGGAUAAAGUGAUAGUAAGACUGCUUAUGUCCAAGUCAAAACUGACUCCACUCAAAGACCAAGAUAAUCUACAAAUUCCGAGGUUGGAACUAUUGGGUACUCUUAUUGGCAGCAGACUUUUAAGAUAUGUGAGACAACACUCUGAAGUACCGAUAUCUAAACAAUACCUUUGGACUGAUAGUCAAGUUGUUAUAAGCUGGUUACGCUCAGAAAAGCUAUUGCCUCCCUUUAUCUCAAGAAGAGUUACUGAAAUAAAUAAACAAGACACGCAAGUUUUGUAUGUGAAAUCAGCGGAUAAUCCAGCAGAUAUUGCAACCAGAGUUGCAGACUUUACACCUGCAAAAAGAGAACUAUGGUUUGAAGGACCCCAAUUUUUGAAGAAUGAAAGAGAAUACAAGAAUAACUGGGCAAUGACACAAAACCUGUGUGCUUUGGAGGGUCUGACCCAGUCAGAAGGAUAUCCUGAAAAUGAGUCUACUGAAAAUGAAGAUGGACCUACGUUAAAUGAAGCAAAUGUAAACUCAGAAUCAUUGCAAUUGCAACAAAGUGAAGAAACGAUUACCAAUAUUACUGCUAAAAUCAAGAGAGAACAGAAAUUACACUACCCACAGGAAUGUGCAGGAAAAAGUACUGAUUUAAGUCGUAGCCUUGGUGUAUUCAAAGAUGAAAAUGGCUUACUCCGAUGCAGAGGAAGGAUAGUCUUAACUGACCUGCCUUAUGACCGCAAAUAUCCCAUCCUCCUACCGAAAGAUUCCAGUCUGACAGAAGAAAUCAUAUCCAAUAUUCAUAAGGACAACUAUCACGUUGGAGUAACACAUACUCUUUCUUUAAUUCGUGAAAAGUAUUGGAUCCCACAAGGGAGAUGUAAAGUGCAAAAAGCACUGAAGAGAUGUUUACAGUGCAGGAAAUAUGGUGGAGGUCCUUACAGACUACCUCAGAUGCCUGACUUACCAGAAGAAAGAGUAAACUUCACUUCAGCGUUUUCGUUCAUCGGCCUGGACUAUCUUGGACCUCUUCUAGUUACCACGGAUAAAGGACAAACAGAAAAGAGAUGGAUAUGCCUAUACACCUGUUUAGCUGUGAGAGCAAUUCAUCUUGAAAUAGUGAAGGAUCUUACAGCGGAACAGUGUACCUUGGCACUCAGAAGGUUCAUAGCAGAACGAGGAUUGCCACGUCUCGUAAUAUCUGACAAUGCAGCUCAGUUCAAGCUUACAGCAGAAGUCAUGGCCGGACCAUACUGUAUUGACAACAACUUACAGUGGAAGUUCAUCCCAGAGUUAGCACCUUGGCAUGGUGGCUUCUAUGAACGCUUAGUUGGCUUGGUUAAACAUUGUAUGAAGAGAUCGUUAGAUACCCGUUUGCUGAGAGACAACGAACUGUCAACUAUUGUGAAAGAAAUUGAGUUGGUACUUAACACAAGACCGUUGACCUAUGUUGGGGCUGAACAUGAACAUAUAUUGAAACCCCUGGACUUCCUUCGAAUGAAUGACUGUUUGAUGCAAACUUCGGAAGUACCAUAUGAAUCCAGAGAAGAUACUAUUACAAAGGAACUACUAAUAAAGGGAUGGAAGAGAAGCCACAAACUUGUAGAUGAAUUCAAAAAAAUGUUCAUCAACCAAUAUCUUAAUGCUUUGAAGGAAAGAACACAAAUACGACAUAAACAGCCCAGAGUGGUCAGCCAGUCCAAACCUAAGGUUGGGGAUGUCGUACAGAUCAAAGGUGAUAACAAUAACCGUUCUACUUGGAAGAUAGGUAAAAUAAUAUUGCUUCAUAGAGGAAGAGACAAUGAAGUGAGAGUAGCAACAGUUAAGGUUGGUGACAAGGAAUAUAUAAGAUCCAUUGCCCAUCUUUUCCCAUUGGAGAUAGAAGAACAUGAACACAUAGAAAAGGAACAUGUAUCUACUAGGACAGAAUCAGACUGUAGGGAAGAAACAGAAACAUUGAAAACUACUCAAGAAACAGAGAUGGAAGGGAGAAGCGUUGACAUGCCCACCGAAAUAGAAACAGUAGAGCCUACUACUGAUCAGAGAAGUAAUAGUCGUGCCGCCGCAAGACGAGCUAAAGAAAAGAUUGCUCAAUGGACCAAGGAAUUAGUAAAUUUAAUAUGUGUGAAUUGUAUUCAACUAUAGUUAUUUAAAGGUAUCGAUGUAUCGUAUACUUUAAGUAUAAUUAGAAGUAUAUAAUAUGUAAUUGAAUAGUAUACUUUCUUAUUCUUGAUCAAUAAAUGUCACGUAUGAUUCUA